AUGAAUAACAGUUCAUACGAACUACUAAAUAAUUCCACAGAUAAACUUGAUGUUGUAAUACCAGUCAAAGAAUCUGCAUCAUCAUCCACAUCGAAUAAUGCCAGUGGAGAUACACUUAAAAGUCGCUAUAUACAAAUAGCAAUUGCCGUCGGUCUCUAUUGGUUUGUUUCGAUUACUAUGGUAUUUCUGAAUAAAUAUUUACUUAGCUCAAAAGAUGUUAAACUUGACGCACCACUAUUUAUUACAUGGUUUCAAUGCGUAGUAACAGUUGGAAUUUGUGGUAUACUUGGAAGUUUAAAUAAAAGUGUCUCAGCUCUUUCAAAAUUUCCUUCAUUUAAAAUUGAUCUGAAAAUCGCACGUGAUGUCCUUCCACUUUCGUUAAUGUUUGUUGCAAUGAUAAUAUUUAAUAAUUUAACUUUGAAACAUUUAACUGUAUCAUUUUAUAUGGUUGGUCGAUCAUUAACCACGGUUGCUAAUGUGGUGUUUACAUAUUUUAUGCUUGGUGAAAGAACUUCUUAUAAAGCGUUAGGUUGUUGUUCUCUUAUUAUUGCUGGAUUCUUUCUUGGUAUCGAUCAAGAAAAUGCAUUAGGUACUCUUUCAUUAUUUGGUGCAUCAUGUGGUAUAGCAUCAAGUAUAUUUGUGGCGUUAAAUGCUAUAUAUACAACUCGAUGUUUACCAUGUGUUGAUAAAAAUGUUUGGCGUCUAUGUUUAUAUAAUAAUUUCAAUGCUUGUAUUCUGUUUCUUCCUCUCAUGAUUAUUUUUGGUGAACUACCAAUUGUUUUUAGCUAUCCAAAACUUCUCAGUAUUUCAUUUUUAACUCCAAUGAUAUUAGCUGGUAUUCUGGGAUUUUCAAUGGGUUAUGUCACAGGUUAUCAGAUACAAAUGACAAGUCCAUUAACUCAUAAUGUAUCAGGUACAGCAAAAUCGUAUGUUCAAACAUUACUUGCUGUUAUGAUUUAUAUUGAAACAAAAACAACACUUUGGUGGAUAUCAAACUUAUUUGUUCUUGGUGGAUCUGGUCUAUUUGCACAUGUUCGUGCAGUAGAAAUGAAACGAAAACAUAAUUUAAAUAAUACUACUGAUAAUAAUUCAAAUAUAUCUGUAUCGAAAUAG